AUGUGUUUUGGCUUUGGCAGGUCACAUGUUUCUCAGGGUCUCCUUUGUUUUGAGUUGAGCUGGAGCUAGACAGACAGACCUAAAACAAAAAAGGCAGAGCAAGAGCACAAGCAGCAACCCCAGUUCGCAGCAGCAGCGAAUCUGCGGGAGGCAGGACUCAGAGGGUACUGACGAUUGGAUAAAAAGGGAGCAGGAGGCGUGAUUUUGGUGCUGCCUCGGUCUGAUUGGGCAGAAAUAUUCGGACGGGGAGAUGGCUUGUCUCUAAGGCUGCCUCGGGUGAAGGUGAGCUGGAGGGCGCGCGCGUGCGCACACAAUGCAGCCUAGGAUGCUGGUGGUGUCUUGAGGGAGCCCGUUGUAGUAACACGCAUGCGCACACCUUGGGGUGGCCGGUGGAGGUCGGGAUGGUUAUCUUCUGUGGCGCCAGUCUGAGGCGUUCACGCUCCCCCCCCCCCCGCAUCCCCUUGGCUCGCCGGCGGAAGGGGACGGGCGGGCGGGCGAAGCUGUAGGGGGAUGUCGUCCAGCUUCCGCACCCCGCCUAGAGUAGUUGUGUAACCCGGGCCCCGGGAGGGACCGACCCGGCUCAGCGCGGUGCGGGCCAUGCUGGGAAGUGCCAGGUGUGGAGACCGUCUCAAGUAUAGGGGCCGGGGCUGCUGUCCCUGCUGUGUCUCCCCCGUGGCCCUGCAAGCGCCCCUGUGUUGUGAUUCCAGGUAGCAGGCCGCAAGUUAACGAUUUCCUUGUACAUGCUAGAAACUCUGCAAACAUGGCCUUUUUUCUUCUUUUUUUUGUACCUGGAACAACUGUUUGUCGAGGAUCUAGGCUCCGUCUUCACUAGCAACGUUAAAGUUCUCCCCGCGCUAUAAAAAACCACCUCCAGGAGGGGAAUAGCUACCAGCGCUGUGCCGCGACUACACAAGCCACGUUAGAGGCUGCCAAUGAAGACGUGCCCAUAGUAAAGCCUUGACCCUCUCUCCACGGUAUAGACAGACCCUGAAUUGCAUCCAUAGCACUGUAAAGAAGACACUCAGAAAUCUUUUCUCAAUGAUUCUAUAGUCAACGGAUGUAACAAUGGUACUAAUACUGGGCCGCAGACUGAAUAGAGAGGAUAGCGGGGUCCGUGAUUCCCCUGCAACCAAACGUAAAGUUUUUGAAAUGGACCCAAAGUCCUUAUCAGGUCAUGAGUUUUUUGACUUCUCGUCAGGAUCAUCCCAUGCUGAAAGCAUACUCCAGAUCUUCAAUGAGUUUAGAGACAGCCGCUUGUUCACAGAUGUAAUUAUCUGUGUGGAAGGAAGAGAGUUUCCCUGUCAUCGAGCUGUUCUCUCAGCCUGCAGUAGCUACUUCAGAGCUAUGUUUUGCAAUGAUCACAGAGAAAGCAGAGAAAUGUUGGUGGAGAUCAAUGGCAUUUUUGCUGAAGCUAUGGAUUGCUUUUUACAGUACGUGUAUACUGGCAAGGUGAAAAUCACUACAGAGAAUGUGCAAUAUAUCUUUGAAACCUCAAGUCUCUUUCAAAUUAGUGUUCUGCGUGAUGCUUGUGCCAAGUUCCUGGAAGAGCAGCUGGAUCCUUGUAACUGCCUGGGAAUCCAGCGUUUUGCUGAUACACACUCACUGAAGACACUCUUCACCAAAUGCAGAAAUUUUGCACUGCAGACAUUUGAGGAUGUUUCUCAGCACGAAGAAUUUCUCGAGCUUGGGAAAGAUGAGCUCAUUGAUUAUAUUUGUAGUGAUGAGCUGGUGAUCAGUAAAGAAGAGAUGGUUUUUGAAGCAGUUAUGCGCUGGGUUUACCGUGCUGUUGAUCUGAGAAGGCCAGUGUUACAGGAACUUCUAACACAUGUGAGACUCCCUUUAUUACAUCCUAACUAUUUUGUACAGACAGUGGAAGUGGAACAACUGAUUCAGAAUUCUCCAGAGUGUUAUCAGCUGCUGCAUGAAGCAAGAAGAUACCACAUACUUGGAAAUGAAAUGAUGUCCCCAAGAACUAGACCACGCAGAUCAACUGGUUAUUCUGAGGUGAUAGUCAUUGUCGGAGGCUGUGAACGAGUUGGGGGGUUUAAUCUGCCAUACACUGAAUGCUACGAUCCUGUGACAGGAGAAUGGAAGUCACUGGCUAAGCUCCCAGAAUUUACCAAGUCUGAAUAUGCAGUGUGUGCUUUACGGAAUGAUAUUCUUGUUUCAGGUGGAAGAAUUAACAGCCGUGAUGUGUGGAUUUAUAACUCUCAGCUUAACAUUUGGAUCAGAGUUGCUUCCCUAAACAAAGGCAGAUGGCGUCAUAAAAUGGCUGUCCUUCUUGGUAAAGUGUAUGUAGUUGGAGGGUAUGAUGGGCAAAGUCGACUCAGCAGUGUAGAAUGUUACGAUUCAUUUUCCAAUCGAUGGACAGAGGUAGCUCCACUUAAAGAAGCAGUGAGUUCUCCAGCAAUAACCAGCUGUGUAGGCAAAUUGUUUGUGAUUGGUGGAGGUCCUGAUGACAACACGUGCUCUGACAAGGUUCAAUCAUAUGAUCCUGAUACUAAUUCUUGGUUGCUCCGUGCAACUAUCCCUAUUGCAAAGAGAUGCAUAACAGCUGUAUCUCUAAACAAUCUAAUCUAUGUCGCGGGAGGGCUCACCAAGGCAAUUUACUGCUAUGAUCCAGUUGAGGAUUAUUGGAUGCAUGUACAGAAUACAUUCAGCAGACAGGAAAACUGUGGCAUGUCUGUGUGUAAUGGCAAAAUCUAUAUCCUUGGUGGAAGACGAGAAAAUGGAGAAGCCACAGACACCAUUCUUUGUUAUGAUCCUGCAACAGGCAUCAUCACGGGAGUAGCAGCCAUGCCCAGGCCGGUAUCGUAUCAUGGCUGUGUGACUAUUCAUAGAUACAAUGAAAAAGGCUUUAAACUGUAAAGAAAGGAAAUCUUACGAAAGAAUGUAGUGCCUUGGUACAGGACAGAAUUUCAAAGAUUCAUAAAAUGGGAAACUGACUUUUCCUUCAGUGUCAUAUGAAACUAAAUAUCCAUGUGCCUUUUAAAACAAAAUGUUUUCAGUUAAUUAAAAGGUAAAAAAAAAUAUCUACAAACAUAUCCAGGACCCGUUCAGACAUUUCUGGCUUGAUAGCGGUGAACUAAUAUUUACAUAGUUUUCCCCUUCUUUGUGAUCAGUAAUUAAAAUUUAGGAUGUUGUGUAGGGAAUGUGCCUUCACAAAUAGCUGUGCCUAUAUCUUAAGGACUGAUGUCUGUAUUAUUUUUUCAGUUAUUUCAGAGUCUGUUAAUUGAAAAUAUUUAACCAAAUUGACCUACAAAAAAAUGUGUUGGUUUAAAAGAGUGUAUAUCAUUCUGAUCAACAGGAAUGAUGCAGUGUUGUUGUAGCCAUGCUAGUCCCAGGAUAUUAGAGAGACAGAGUGGGUUAGGGCAAUAUCUUUUAUU